AUGAAUAGCAGAUAUCAAAUAAACAUGAAGUAAAAGUUAGGAAGUGGUAUGUAUGGAACUGUAUACACUGCUAUUGAUACACUCACAAAUGAAUUAGUAGCUGUCAAAUAAAUGAGCAAGUAGGAACUUGGAUUAGACAAUAAAAUUUUUAGAUAAGAAGUCGAAUCUAUGAGAAGUAUACCUUAUUAAGAUGGGGAAAAUGGAUCCAAAUAUUUAAUUAGGUAAUGUUAAUAAUGUAAUUGAAAAAGGUACAAGGAUUUCUACUAAUGUGCUAAUUUCAAUAAUAUAGUAAUGGAAUGUUUUAAAGACUCUUUAGAUCUCAAUUCUUAUAUCGAAAAGAAAGGCAAAAUUCAUGAAGAUGAUGCCUUAUAGAUAUUUUAUUAAAUUGCUUCAGGAAUAAGUUUUUUACAUGAUAUGCAUAUUGUUCAUAGAGAUAUCAAACCUUCAAACAUUUUGAUUCGUACUAAACCAAAAUUAGAAAUUAAAGUUAUUGAUUUUGGAUUUGCCAGACUUUUAAAUGAUGAAUAAACUACUUCAAGAACAUAUGUUGGAACUCCAAUGUAUAUGAGUCCAUAAACCAAAUUAUUGUAUAUAUAUUGGUCUAUUAUUUUAAUUUAGAUCUUAAUAUGAUCCAUAUGCAAAUGAUAUCUGGAGUUUGGGAGUUCUUUUAUUUUUUAUGGUCACUUAACAUUAUCCAUGGAAAGCUAAGAAAAGUGAUCAAUUAGAAAAAGAAAUGCUUAAUUAUGUUGCUUAAUAAAUUUAGAUUAACAUAAAUGGAAUUCCUUAAUAUGCCAAAGAAUUGAUAAUUGAUUGUUUAUAAGUUGAAGAGUCUGCUAGAAUCAAAGCUAAUGAUUUAGCUUGGAAAACAAAGAGAAUAUUAUAAAUUAUUAUAGAGAAAUCCUGCUAGCCUAUUUUUAAAGUACCUAGAUUCAAAUGGGAAUAAUUAGAUGGAUAUCGACCUUCUAUGUAAUACCCAUUUAUUGGGAAGGAAGAACUUGAAUAAUUGGAGUUGUGAAA